AAUCAGACAUAGAAUUAGAAAAGGAAUUAGGAAGAGAAUCAGAAAUAGAAUUAGAAAAGGAAUUAGGAAGAGAAAUAGAAAUUGAAUCGUCAUUAAAAUUAGUGUCGAUUCGAGAUUUUUUGUCUUUGUAA